UAAUUUUAAUUAUCCGCGGCUUUGAAUUCGUGUUUGAACGGUCUUUGUUUGAGAUGAAUUACUGGAUGAAGGCAGCGCGGUUCCGGGCCCGGGCCGGGCCAAGCUGGGCCAUGCCGUGCUGUGCUGUUCCCCCCAGAGGAUGGUACAGUAAAUAGCCUACAGGAGGAAUGUUGAUCAGCUUACAGCGGGCCAGGAGGUUCUCAGGAUUUGAUCGACCGCGAUGCUAAUGACCGGCCUACCCACCGGUUCAGCGUUGUGCGCUCAUUACGACCUCCAUAUGGCUGCCUGUGAACACAGCCCGGAACGGAGCAUUUAGAGCAGGCAGCAGAGUAACUGUCGGUCCGUAAAGUGGCGGAGAUGUAUUUGUUGUAAAAGUGAGGCCGUGGAAUGAAAUCAAAUGAUAUAAGUGGUAGUUUAGUCACACGUGUUUUUCUUCGCGCAUAUUUAUUUCUUUUAUUAAUUGGGCGCCUCUUCAAAUUACAGGAAAAAUGAAACUUAAGUUAUCCAAAUACUGUGCGCUAUUGGAUAUGCAGAUCUCUCUCUCUCACGCUCUCUCUCUCUCUCUCUCUCUCUCUCUCUCGGGUGCGCUCUUGCUCUCUUGGUUUUGGGGGAAAUCUGGGUUUGAUUUUAACGGGGAGUAGCCUAACCCGGGCUCUCUUUACAUAUGGAUGUACUGGACGCUCUUCAGUCGCUCUGAGCUUCGGACGCGGAUGGGUUCGGUGGUCCAUCUCUCCUCCCGCCGGUAUCUUCUCACUUGUGCUUAACUAUUUUUAAAAGGAGACGAACGUGAGAAAGUACGCGUCACUUUUUCCCCCUCGUUUGGAGAGGACGGUUUUUGACGGAGCACGAAGCUUAAUGCUAAGGUGGAUCUCUCGCUUGUAGGACGUCUUUUAAAAGUACAAAGUCAGCGGCUCUGACGUCUCGUGACACUGGGGAAAGGCUCUGGUCAGCCUGAAGUGAAGGGUCACUGAGCUCAGACACUCUUCUUCCACUGACUCACAAAUUACACACACACGGGGGGGGAGUCACACACUGACACAUCAGUGCAACGACGCAGACACUCAGUUUACACACUUGGGCACACACACACAUACCCCUCAUCCUUGCGCAUACACAUCCAAACACAGGCCCCUUGAGCAGGAUGAGGGAACCUUGGAGGUACCUGCUGGGCCUGUGCCUCCUGGCAUGCUCAACCUUCACCCAUAGUGCCGCUAAUCCCUUCGCAGGACAGCAGACUCCUCCAGACCCCUGCUACGAUGACACAGGUGCAGCACGCCGGUGUAUCCCUGAGUUUAUCAAUGCUGCCUUCGGCAAGGAGGUUACGGUUUCCAGCGUGUGUGGCCGACCUCCCUCCCGUUCCUGUAGCGUGGUGGAUCGGGGCGACGAGCGGCCUUCUGUACGUACGUGCCAAAUCUGUGAUGCAGCCGACCCUCGCCGUGCCCACCCGGCUUCCUACCUCACCGACCUCAACUCGGCCCACAACCUCACCUGCUGGCAGUCGGAGAAUCUGAACACCUCUCCGUACAAUGUGACUCUCACCCUUUCGCUGGGUAAAAAAUUUGAGAUUACCUACGUCAGCCUGCAGUUUUGUUCACCACGGCCCGAGUCCCUGGCCAUAUACAAAAGCAUGGACUAUGGCAAAACCUGGAUGCCCUACCAGUUCUACUCCUCGCAGUGCCGCCGCAUGUACAACCGACCCAACAAAGCAACCAUCACCAAGCAGAAUGAGCAGGAAGCUCUUUGCACAGAUGGUCACACUGACCUUUAUCCGCUGUCUGGAGGGCUUAUAGCUUUCAGCACUCUGGAUGGACGGCCUUCUGGUAAAGAUUUUGACAACAGCCCAGUUCUUCAGGACUGGGUCACCGUCACUGAUAUCCGUGUGGUCUUUAGCCGGCCGCAGAUGCCCCGGGAGUUGGUACUAGGGGCCGGAGGCAACACUGGAGGGAGGGAUGAUGACCCCAUGGCAGUGACGUCAACACUCCCAACUUAUUUCUAUGCAGUGGGAGACUUCCAGGUGGGCGGGAGGUGUAAGUGCAACGGCCAUGCCUCACGCUGUCUGAAAGACAAGGAAGGUAAACUGGUGUGUGACUGCAAACACAACACGGAGGGACCCGAAUGUGACCGCUGCAAGCCCUUUCACUAUGACCGACCUUGGCAGAGGGCCAAUGCUCGCGAGGCCAAUGAAUGUCUGCCGUGCAACUGCAACCUCCACGCCCGCCGGUGUCGAUUCAACAUGGAGUUGUACAAGUUGUCAGGGAGGAAAAGUGGAGGGGUGUGCAUGAAUUGCCGCCAUAAUACCGCAGGACGCCACUGCCACUACUGCAAGGAGGGCUUCUACAGGGACAUGGCCAGACCAAUCACCCACAGGCGAGCCUGCAAAGCUUGUGACUGCCACCCUGUGGGCGCAGCAGGCAAGACAUGCAACCAGACCACAGGCCAGUGCCCCUGCAAGGAUGGUGUCACUGGCAUCACCUGCAACCGCUGCGCCAAGGGCUACCAGCAGAGCCGCUCGCCCGUGGCCCCCUGCAUCAAAAUCCCUGUGGUCAACCCCACAGCUGUCGUGAGCAGCACAGAGGAACCAGCAGAUUGUGAGUCCUACUGUAAACCAGUGAAAGGCAACUUGAAGAUCAACAUGAAGAAAUACUGCAAGAAGGAUUACGCUGUCCAAGUGAACGUGCUGGACAUGGAGACGGUGGGGGACUGGGCCAAGUUCUCUGUUAGCGUGGUGGCUGUGUACAAGAGCCGGGGCGAACCCUUAAAGCGAGGUGACAACAUCUUGUGGGUACAUAUGAAGGACCUUGCCUGCAAGUGUCCCAAGAUCCAGAUGAGCAAACGAUUUUUGGUGAUGGGCGGCGCCGAAGGUGGAACGGGCCCAGGAGCAGGUCCAGGAGUCGGGCCUGGAGGCGGAGCCAGCAGUCCGGGGGCGGAGCGCAUAGGCUUGGUGGCCGAUAAGAACAGCCUGGUGAUCCAGUGGAGAGACGUUUGGACGAGACGUCUGAGGAAGUUCCAGCGCAAGGAGAAGAAGGGGAAGUGUAGCAAAGCAUGAUUGGGAAAAGCAGCGUCCAUCCCUACCUCUCCCUCCACAGCACUCAAUCACAAAUCCUGACUCUUGACUUCUCUUAUCCCCCGCCACUCGAGUCCUUUCUCCUCCUCCAUUGUGGGAACGCUGCACAUUACGAAGACUGCAUGUACCCUGCCUGUUUUAAGGACCACGUUUUGUGUAUAUUGUAUAAUUAUUUUCAUUUUUAUUUUUCAAGUUUUUUUCAUUGUAAGGCCACUUGUCUAUUUGUCCGAUUGGUUUGCCUUAAAAAGGGACCAUUAAAAAGGGUGUGAAGUGUAGACAAAAGCAGGUGCCAUUUCCCCCUCUCGACGACGGCAACUGAACUGUCCAACCCCCCGCUAGAAAAUACAACCCCCUGACCUCCACCUGUCAAAACUGCCUGUCUCCUGCCAUUUUAAGGUAUUCCCAUACAAGACUACCAAUGCUCACACCUCACUGUUCUCUGAGGAUUUUAUUAUAGAGUGUUUAUCACUUCACAGACUGAUAUCAGCAACAAGACAAGCUGCAGAUCUCCAGCUUGGCCACCUCACACUGAUGACCUUCAGUAUUUUCCGGUCUAAACGGGCCUACUUUCUCAAGGUCUUUGCAGUAUCUUCUUUGGACUAUAGGACUCCCACGUCCUACGAGGAACCAAGGGCUCCCUUUGCAGGGACAUUUUCCACAGCAAACCUCAGUCACACCACCACUGCUGCUGCCGCCACCACCACACAGCCCUCACAGAAUAACCUGCUCACGUAGGCUCUUAUACGUUCAAGUACGCGAUGCCACUGCUCAUAAUAGAGUUUGUAUAUCUUUCGUGGCCACUUUGCUAUCUCAGCCAUCCACAUCCUUAUUUGAGAUGUAUCCCUUUGUUGCAUUGGGCACGAGUGAGUCACAUCGCAGGCCUCUUCACCACUAGUCCCUCUCAUGAGUGGUUUAUAAAGUCACCAUCAUGACUCAUGGCCUGUCACUUUGUGGAAGAUGAAGCGGUGUGGACAGGCGGACUGGAUUUCAGAACAAUACCAACUUUUCCAUUGAGACUUUUGCGCUUCGUGGAUAAUCUCUUUGCUGGGUACAGCUCUUCCAGACGUUGCUGUGUGGCCAGUGUCACUUGUGUCUUUAAAAAUGGCCGAACAUUUCAUUGCGUUGACUGAUGAAGACUGGCAGGCUUUUGUUUGCCACAACAAGAGAUUGAAACAAGAGUUCCUUUUUCAUGCAGUAAAAACACAAAAACAAGUCGGAUAAAAGAAAAGACGUAGCUGUGUUGUUGGGUUUUUUUGUUUUUGUUUUUCGUUCCUUUCUUAGUAUUUCGACAAAAUGAAUGAGCCUGGAACAUUUUUAGUGCUCACUGAUUGUAUUAUGACAUGAGAGGAUCAUAUUUCAGUCCUCAUGUGCUUGGUUAAGUUUGCAUGUUUGUGGGGUUUUUUUCUUUUUCUUUUUUUUUGCUGGUCCAUCAAAUCCUUACAGGGAGCAGAGAGAGGUAAACCAAUAUGAGCAUGACGAUCCAAAGGAAAACUUCCCAGGUCAUCUUCCACCACUUGCCCACCCCAAAUUCAUAACCCUGUCAUGCUUUGCCAAAUAAGAGUAGUCAGUUUUUAAAUUCAAUUAAGAGACUAUGAAAGUCAGGACCAACGAAUUAACCGCAGAGAAAACCAUCUGGUUGCUCUCAAGCUUUUUAUCUGCCUUUUGCAGUUAUUUCAUUUUGUAAAGGACUUUACAAUUUAUUUAAAUAGAGUACAAUAUAAACACACAGUUUAGUUGAGGGGCACAUCAAGCUCACAUAGCAGUGAGUGUUCCUACAGGCAUCUCAUGCUAGCUUGUGGUUACGCUCCUUUGGCUUUGGCGGCAUGUUUGGUUUGUCAUUCCUCCAAAAGUGUCUCUCCUCUGCUCUCGUCUGUGUGUCAGCCACAAACUCCCUCCCUCCACCCCUUUCCCCAAACCCCCCCUCGAAUUCUCCUUUUAACCCAUUUUGCAUGUUGUGUAUUUAGUGUUUUAGAUAAGUGAAAGCACAGAAAGAGGCUUCCAGACUCCUCUGUGGUGUAUAGUACUGCACUGUAGUUCUUGUUUUCUGAGAAUGUAAAUCAAUCUGCAAAGAAAAGACACACAGGUGAAUGGUCUGAUUGUGUUUAUGAAGUGUUGUUAGAACUGAGGACGUCUGAUGGCAUGAUAUUUGAUGCUGUUAUGAACUCUGAACAUGAUUAGAUGUUGUUCAAACGAUUGUGGCUCAUCAUGCUUUUCUCUCUCAUCAAGACAUUUUUUGUUUUUUCUAAUACAAUGCAAAAACAAGUUGUAACCAAAAUGAAUUAUAAGCCACCUCGACUUCUGAUGUGUGACAAAAAAAAGCAGACAUUUAAGUUUUCCAUGGCACUAUGCUGAGGGCACAAAUCCCACUGAUGGAAUUUCUCAAAAAUGCAGAAGCAGUCCUUUAUUUAUGUGUCGGCUGUCCUCUGUGACCUGUCAGACAGGUGGUGUUACAGUAGCACCCGUGUCCGCAUCCUGGUAUGUAAGUCUGGCAUUACGAAGAAUUGUCAAAAUAUUUGCUUCAGCUCCUUGAGCACCCAACACCCUCGUGAAGGAAUUCCACAAAAUUCUUUCUCUUCUAGUUUUCACCUGAUAUGUCACACUAUAGGAACGCUUCCAAAAAAGGCUUUUUCUGAUGCCUGCUGAUCAUUUUUGCCAGUUCAGUUUACCCAAAGUGCUGGAUAGUUCUUAAACUAUACACAUGUAUAACUAUCCUGCCUACAAAUCUUUAGAGUGUGGCGCUGCAUGGGAACACAUUUACCCUAAGGGCCCCGUUGUGCCAGCCAAGCAGAUAAGUGUACAAUCGUGUCAGGUUUUACUGCUCACAUGGUCACAGAUCAGACAGGCAUGUUGUAAGAUGACUUAUAGAUGGAGGCGAUUUCCCUUAUACAAGUGCUGAUGUAGAGGUUUUUUUUCAGAGUAGCGACACCUAUUCAGAGGAGUACUGUAGCAGCUUCCUGCACCAUAAACGUAUAGGACUGUGAUGAUGACAUUGCCUGUGGCGUGCAAAAAGACCAGCGUGAAAGGUAUACUGAGGCCUCCUGUCAUGCAGCUACUGUCAAUAGCAACUCAUGAAACUGCUAUUGGAAAUACGUUUCACUAUAAUGAUGUUAAACAAAAUGUUACUGGUGUGUCACUUCUGCCAUAAAACGUCUGAAACCAGCAGCUGAUGGAUCACCAUGUGUUAGCUAGCUAGUUUUAGCUAAAACGCCCUUUUUUGCCUUCACAUCUAAAAGAGCAGCAUCAUUGACAAAUUCAAAUCAAGAUUAAGCAUGUUUGUGCUUUUGCACUGCAGUGUAAAGUGAAGGAAUGUCCACUAAAUGCACUAUAUGGACAAAAGUAGUAUACCUCACACCUACAAGAGCUGCUUGGCCACCAAAAUCCAUGUCGUGAAGCUCCUGGCACACAGCUUCUGUGCUGAUGUUAAUGCUAAACAAGGUUUGCAAAUCUGCAGUUAUUGAGUCACUGGUGAUGUUUACACACUCAGCGGUUGCUCUGUAACCUCACAUGGCCUUCCACUUCGUCACUGACUAUUCCUAAACACGCCCAUGUUUGUGAUAAUACCACUGAGAGCCUAUCGUACAAUAUCUGGAAGAGGAAAAAAUUACACACGUGGUGGAUUUCAGUGAACUCUUUAGAACUGAUCUUUCACAAAUGCUUGUAAAAGCAGACUGCGUUGCUAGGUGCUUCAUUUUAUACACCUGUGGCAAUGGGUUUGAAGACACCUGAAUUCAUUAAAAGGUGUGGUCCAAAAUCUUAAAACAUCACCAGAAUGGAGCGUGAUCACAUCUUUGUGUAAAUCUUUUAAAAGGGUGAUCUAAACAUUAAUGGAUUGUAAAAGAUGAAAUAUUUACACGGUUCUCCUGCAGUUCUGUGGAGUGUCUGGUAUGUAAGCUGGAAAAAAUACAGUUUUCCCUGCAGGGCUCUGCACAGGUCACAUGAUCGAAAACUACGAACCAGCUUUUCCUUUUCUUAAGUGCCCACCCUAAACAUCGAAAUCAAAAUAGGUUAAAAUUGGCCAGAUUUUGUUUGAGGGGGGGGUUAGGGGGUGGAAGUGUAGCGCUUGUGAAAGCUAUUUUGUGAGCCUCAUAGAGAGAGCCAUCCUGUUGUUUUAUAUUAACAAGCCCAGCAGCUUGGCAGUGGAACUGAGACCAUAACUGCUUCACUUUGCUUCCCCCCUGUUUUUUUUUUUUUUUCCACAGCGUUUAUAGCAUUCACAGGUGUGUGAGUUUGUGUGUUUAAUUAACCUUCCCGAGCAAACAAGUGACACGCACAACUUGCAGAAAGGUGAGAGGAAACUUAUUUGAAGUUUAGCGUUUUUGGUGGGGUUAGGGUUCUGAAACGGUCCACGAUGAAGAAUUAUCAAACACAUUUUCUUGGUCAACUUCCUAUUGUUUGUUUUUUCAUUAUUUGUUUCGUUGUUUUGUACACAUGUGUCAUUUUCAUCCACACAUUUGGCUUGUCCUUUUUUUUUUUUUUUUUUAAAUAUUGUAAAUAUGUACUGAACUGCCUCUGCCGUUUAUGUUGUCUUUUGUAAAGCAUCACUUAGCCUGGGAUGACUCACAUUUAUGGAUGUACAAACCAGAUGAUUAUGGAUGUUAUAUGGAUGUAGAAACCAGGAACAUAUGCUUUCGUGAUCACGACCAGAAGACGUGGUUCAGAUAUUACACAGAAUGUAUUCCUUUCGGUUUUAUGUUGUUUCCAGACAACAACCACCCAGUUGUAAAUGACUUUGAGGUGAAUGGAGUAAAAACGUGACUGACUGGACCCUCUGCUUUUCCCAUAGAGGUACAGAUGGAAACAGACACACAAAGCCCACCAUGUCCUGUUACAUUAAUGUCCUGGGAAUAAUGGUUCACUCACACAAAAAUUGUCCACCUACCUUUUUUGGGGGAACAAAGGGAUCCUGCCCUCAGUCUAGCACUGCUUUUCACUUCUGUUAUAUCGAAGUCUUCCUUGUACAUUUUCCUCUGAGGCAAUGAACCACUGACUUUUUAAUCUAAAUGGUAAAAAAUAAAUUAUUAGGUAAUGAACUGUG